CCAGCUUAGAGUCACGAUGAGCGGACGAGGCAAAGGAGGGAAAGGUUUGGGCAAAGGAGGCGCCAAGCGCCACCGCAAAGUCCUCCGAGACAACAUCCAGGGAAUCACCAAGCCCGCCAUCCGCCGUCUGGCUCGCCGCGGGGGAGUCAAGCGGAUCUCCGGCCUCAUCUACGAGGAGACCCGCGGGGUGCUCAAGGUCUUCCUGGAGAACGUCAUCCGUGACGCCGUGACGUACACUGAGCACGCCAAGAGGAAGACCGUCACCGCCAUGGACGUGGUGUACGCUCUCAAGAGGCAGGGCCGCACUCUGUACGGCUUCGGGGGUUAAACUCACAUUACAGCGAACCAAAGGCCCUUUUCAGGGCCAACAACUGCUGCUGAUGGGGUCAAGGUUCUUGUUCACGUCACAAAACUCACGUUAAUUCAUGUUGCCUGAAAACCAUGACUUUAUUUGUGUAUAUGAUUCAAUCCACUGAGAAUUAUCUGGUGCGAAGGAACCAGUUAAGAGUAACAAUGUUUGCUGAAC